CUCGCCGCAACCUCUCCUGUGUGAACACUUUCAACAGAUUCCAAAUCCUUUUACCAGGCCACACUGCUUAGCUGUUCCUUACAUACACAAAUCAGGUCAGAAAAUUGAGCAAUUAGCGCUUGCGCACGCCGUGGAGAACUGCUUGGUGGGUUUACUCUAGCACCCGGGAAAACGAGGAACCCAUGCCCGUCAGGAGAACUGUUUCGGAGGUGGACGUCAACAAGAAUACAAACUGGCUCAACUAUCCAAGUGUUUGGACGUGGUACCUUGCGGUCAUCGUGCUGGGUUGGCUCGGCAUAUCUGCGCUGAUAGACGACGCUGGCUUGGCAUGGACCUACGUACAUCUCAUACACGGUGUUGCGACGUAUUAUCUCCUGCACUGGAUCAAGGGAUCACCGAACCCGGAGGACCAGGGCAAGUACCAGGCGCUGACCUUCUGGGAGCAAGUGGAUAAUGAGGCAUAUGGAACACGUAACAGGAAGAUAUUCACGGUUGUCCCCGUCCUGUUGUUUGUGCUAGCAACCCAUGGCACGGACUUCCGUAAGCAGCCGUUAGGCUUGAAUUUGGUGGUAGUUGUUGUCCUCUUAGUUGCUAAGCUGCCUGCGCUUCACAAGGUACGCUUCUUUGGCAUUAACAAGUACUGAUGGUUGCAUAGGUAGGGGAAAAUUGGCUGGUUUUGUUGCUGCUUUGUGAUUAUGUGAAGACAUCCUUGCUACAGCCUCAAACGGGGUCCACACCGAAAGGAGUUGCGACCGGUUUGUGGCAGCAACGUAUGUGCCCAAUAGCGUGCUGCCGAAGCUUCUAAGUUACUCGCGACGUGGUGCACUGCAUGUGUGGAAGGACUGGAUGAAUACGAUAUGUGCACGAAAACUCGACGUACUGGACGACAGACUUACACAUCGAGUGCGCGAUGUGCGACCUCCUGCUGGGACAGUGUCAUGUCUUAAGUGUAAAUUAUCGUCCAGGGUU